AUGCAGCAAGCUACACAUCCUCGUCUUCACGUCCGCGAUGCUCACGACGCCCAUGUCCUAUUCGAAGCCGUCCGGCAAGGCUUCCUCCAACCUAUCCGCCGCCGCCUUAACGAGAUGGAGCGCGCCGUCCACGUGAAAUCCGGAGCCAUAUUCGUCUGGUUUGAGUGCGAGGACGACGCUGGCCUGAAGCGCUGGACAGAUGGCCGGGUCUGGGGCCAAAGCAGAAUGCGGGAGCCCUAUCUCUUCUAUGACGAGAAGAUGCCAUACGACAGUUCACAAAGCGAAACGAACCGUGCACCAGCGUUUCGAUUCGUAGACGGCGUAUCACGAACCGGUCCAACAUCGUCAGCCCUCUCACAUCAAGAACGUUCAACAACACACCACAAAGGCCUCGUGAAACAGGCGUACUCAGCUUGGGUCAACGUUGGCCCAUACCCAACGCGACCGCAAAAGUGGCACUUGACCGCCUACUUUACCUAUGCCGACCUCCCACACCUCCCCACUGUCGACUGCGACGAGCUUUUGAAGAAAAUCAUCGUACCACCGAACAUCUACAAGAGCGGGAAGUCCAGAGGCCGCGACGAUGAUUCUGAAAGUGCAGCCAAUAAUUCCCCUUCGCCCCCUGUCUCUCCCAGCAGAACAAUGCCAUCACUACCGCCAUUACAGGCUGCAAUCGGACACCACCCGGGACUGCAGCAGCCCGCACAGUGUUCACAUGCGCAAGUGCGUACACAUGGAGUUAGGUUACCCGAGGACCAAAGGGUCAUCCAAAUGCUCAACUCCAAAUACACGAAAUGA